AUGGUACAGACCACGGACUUUCUCCCUAGUCAGAAUCCUACGGACCAAGGCCUGGGGUUUUUCUUCCCCGAUUCACAGGAUGCUACGGGACUGGAGUUGGGUUUAUACGAUAAACCACCCAUUAGUAAUGAAGAUUCCCCCAUGACCAGGGCUGAUUUUGCGAUCAUUACGACCACACUGGACGGAAUAGUCAACUGCAUCAACGUGCUGGCCGACGAAAUCGCCAAUCACACCGCGGUGUUGAUGAAAAAACUGGAGGAAGUAGUGGCCGCUAAAUCCCGUAAGGACCCUACCAACAACGCCUGCUUCACCUGUGGGGAAACGGGGCAUUGGUCGUCAGAUUGCCCGCAGAAAACCACCAAGAAAAGCAAAGAGCGCGACCCGUGCUACAAGUGUGGGCAAGUUGGCCAUUGGAUUGCGGACUAUCCGAAACAGCAGGACGUUCCCAGCGCAAACCCUUCUCCACCCAAAGAAGAACCACCCAAAAAGAAGAGGAAGGCUGCCCCUAAGAAAUCCAAGUCCCUGUGA